AUCGUUAUUUAGCCAGUACUACAUCUGUAGGGAUAUGAGGUUCAAUCAUCUCCUGGACGGGACGGUACCGGGCACGUCUACUUCGAUUUGCUACAGUACGAGUUGGACCACAUACGUGAACGCACGGGAAUCUAUUAUUGCCAUCACAGCGUCAUAAAAGACGGUGUCGGAACACACAAUGAGCUCAUUAACCAAGGAAUAGAUAUCGUCAGCUGGAAAGAUGCGGCGGCGAUUCCAUAAAAACUUCCCCCGCAAGAAGUUACCUUUCAGCAAUAAUUAUUAGCGUUGCUUCUUUUAUGGACGACUUUGAGUACGGCUACGGCGUGAUUGAAUGCAGCCAUAAGAUAUAAGAAGAGCAAGUGAACGUCUGAGAUAUGAUAAGCACACGCCAUGCUAGCCAGCGCAUGCUGAGAGUUCAUGUUUAAUGAGCGUUUGAUAGUAAAAGUGGUCAGUAACCAUUCCUUUGGAACUAAGCUGGCAGUGAGUUGGGCAGGGCAAUAGUGAAAGCGUUUUGUGUUUAACUAACAACUUGAUACACGUGGAAAUAACGAGGAAUUCUAUAGUGUAUGUAUGCGUUCUUGAGUGUCCAUGAUAAACUAAAAAUCUAUAUAUUUACCUCUCAUGCACAUGAAAGUAGACAACAUUCAGUGAUUGAUUUUUUCAUUGCUGGUCAUCCAUAAGCCUCAUGAUGCACCAGUAGGACAUUAGGCCGAAUAUUACUUGUGGUUUCGAUUAAAGUCGCAAUACUUCAGGCUAUCUCUCUUUUCUUACCUUUCGAUGUACUAUGUGAUCAAAAAGUAAGGUGAAAUUGCUUAUAAAAUGUAAAUCCUUUAUUUAUGCUUCCAAGUAAAUUUCUUCCCCUUCAAAGUAAUCCCCGUCCGAUAACACGCACUUUUGCCAACGCUUUUCCCAGUCCUCGAAACAGUCGGAAUAGCCUUUUUCCGGUAUAGCCUUCAAGACCGUCUUCGAUUCGGUUUUUAUCUCCUCACUCGUAUCAAAACAGCGUCCCC